AUGUCGUGUAAUUUACCAGCUCCGAGGACAUAUCACAACCUGUUAGAAGAGGCUGUCAUCAAAAUCGUGGCAGUCGAUGAGAUAGCGAUAUGGAGGUUUUAUCACAUCGUUCAUUCCCUACAGAAAAGAAGCGGUCAGGGAAGAUUGCAGUCUGCUGGGACGAAUUCCUUCGAAGUCAGGACCAUCACAAACGUACAAAGCAGCGACGACAAAUCUCCAGCUGCUUCUGCACAUUAUCAGCAUUCACCUGAACCUGAUUCCCAAGACCACGACGACGAAUUCAGUCCAUCCCCACCACCUCCUCCACCUCCACCACAUCGUGUUGCAUAUAAUGCACCACCUCCUCGAGCUUCUCCAUCUCCAACACCAUCCAUGAACGAUCGAUAUCCUACUGUGUCGAGAGGUCCUUCUCCAGCACCACCUUCGCCUGGUGUCCAUGGACAUACGCCAUCGCCUCUGCGGGAUGCUAUGGACGAUGUGAUGUCUUCGCUACAUGACAUGGCAAUGCGGCGAACUGAGUCUUCUCCUUCACCUGAGCAAGAACAAGCCCCCCUUGAUCCAUGGUCACCCGAGGCUUUCGAUGAGCUUCGGACUAGUUCAAAUACGCGGAAUCAUCAUCGGCCACGUUCAUCAUUGGGAAUUGCCUCUUCGCAAAGAGGAACAGAACAGUACCAGAAUGACGAUGGGUAUGGUAUUUGUAAUUAUGAUGAAGGCCCACCGCAGGUACACGACUACGUUGAACGCAUGGAAGAUCGCUUGCGCAAUAUAGGGGCUACCAGCCCUCGCCCACCUGACGAGCUCUUCCUCCCGGAUGAUCCCAUGGGUCCACCGCCGGCUCCACCCCCCAAAAAUUCUCCAUAUCAGCCUCGGACACAGUCGUCACAAGGGAUGAGAGAAUACGUGUCUGGCAGCAUCAAGUCUAGUCAUCGGUUAAAGAACCGGAAAUCGGCCUAUGAACUUGGACGGAGUAUGUUGGACCGUACUUUCACAACAAAGUCAAGCGCAACAAACUCUUCGAGUGGUGUUCAGAGCGUUGCAACGAAUGGUACAACCAGCACUCAGAGAACGAGCCAAAGCAUCAUGAGUGGGUACUCUGCAGGAGGCUUCAGUGCUACAAGCGCGGGCAGCUUAGCACGACGCAAAUGGGGCAGCAUCAGUAAAAGUAAACCGCUUAGCGUGGUCGAUAAUCGACAGGAUGCUCUCCUGGGUCUGAAUGGCGGAGGGAGCGCCACGAGACCUCAGACCCCUAGCCACUACUCAAGCAAUCAGUCCAGACCAGGUUCCAGCGCAGGGAUGAAUUACUCAGGAAGUGUAGUAGACUCUAGCGGCAUCUUUGGUGGCUUGACAACUCCGAAAUCGAAAAAGAGUGGUUUCUUCAAGAAGCUUGUUGAGUCUGCGAAGACUGGUGCAGCUAGUGCGAGGAGCAGUAUUGCUGCUGGCCAGGCCGACACUCCACGCUCUCCUAUUAAGAACCUGCUACCUCAUGGAGUCACAGCCAUCGCGGGAGGCAGUGCGGCUAGAGACAUGGGCCUGGGCGGUGGUAAAACUGAAAUUGACUGGGUCCAAGUUCGACGAGACGUGAAUCGAUCAAAUUCGCUGAGUCGAAACGAAAGGAACGAGCGGAUCGAGAGAUGUCAGAUGAUGAACUAUCCCGUAGUCGCACCUGUAGAUUCUCUCUUGGAAGCUGCUGAAGGGGACGAAGGAGCCGACGGGAUGCCCAUUCAACAUCCCACGGACUUUCAAGCUGUGAACCUUCAACUUGUCGAUAAGAGUGCUCGAUUCGUGAACAGUCUACCGCCAAUGACCAAUCCGGCAAGUUUAGCUCAAGGCUACGUAUGUCGACCGUACCGAAGCGAUGUGCAGAGGUUGAGGGCCAUCUUUACCUGGGUCAGCGAGAAGGUUGCUUGGGAGGAAGACUUCGAAGGAGAAGUCGACUCAAAACGUGUGAUCCAAAUGAGAAGAGGCUGUUCGGAGGAGGUUGCAGUGCUAGUCUCAGAAAUGUGCUUGUCGGUGGGCUUACACGCAGAAAUUGUGAGGGGCUACCUCAAGUCACCAGGCGAGAUUGUCGAAUGUGACAGCAAUCCCAGGCCAAAUCAUUGGUGGAAUGCUGUGAUCGUGGAUGAUUGCUGGAGGAUAAUGGACUGUUCGCUGGCGAGCCCAACAAAUCCCAAGCGCGGUCGAUACUCAAGCACCGGGUCUCAGAUCGCCGAAAACGGAUUUUUUCUCGCGAGACCAAUGGAGAUUUGCUACACGCAUAUACCAUCGAACUUCGAACAGCAGCACAUAUGUCCACCAAUCGCUCCAGAUGUCCUUCUUGCUCUACCCUGUGCCUGCCCACCGUACUUUCGAAAUAACGUCCAAAUGAUUGACUAUGAUACGAGCCUCCUUCGAAUUGAAAAUCUGGAGCUUGUCCAUAUUCAAUUUGCAGUCCCAGCAGACAUUGAGUGUAUCGCGGAGGUAGAGUCCAGUUCCUAUGCUCGUGACGCCGAUGGUGAUGUUUUCGAAAGUGGCGACACGACCACUAAUCGCGCACUUGCCCAAGCAGAAUGGGUGAAGGGUCAGAAACGUUACACCGUGAAAGCCCUGUUACCUGGUGACGUUGGCCAUGGUACACUGAAAGUCUAUGCUGGCAAGCGAGGCCUCAUGCAUUCUAUCAAAGACAAUCCUCAUGCUCUGGCCUUUUCCUUGCCCAUCGUCCACACAGGCAAUAAUCCGCUUUAUGACUUCCUUCUUCGCCAUCCUACGCCUCAUGCUCAACGCCAUGAUUUGUACGUGGCCCAACCUCAAUGCGCACGUCUAGCGAUCAAUAACACCUUUGUUUUCGCCGUGCGCCAGCAUCCGUCUUUCUUAAGCUGCAACUCACCCGAAGCACGAUCUGCUUCUCCGAACCCCUUCGCUCGUCCUUCAUCAGCAAUGAGUAUGAUCUCGACUGCAACAUCGGCGAACGACUACUUCUCCCAAGCUGGCUCCAAUUCCAGUAACAGCAGCCAGCAGCAGAAGCCCGCGAAACUCGCGAUACAAGCACCAAGUGGAAAGAUACUAAGACUCAUGAAGAAAAGUGACAACAGCGUCAGCAUGGAUGAGGCGGCAGAUGGAGGCGUAUGGGAGACAAUCAUCAAGAUUGGAGAAAGGGGGACAUGGCGAGGACUAGUGCUGGCCGAUCGAAGUGCAAGAUGGUGCGUAUUUGGAGAAUGGGAGGCUGUUUGA